AUGGCGUCUAAGACUCUCCUUGUGUUUGCUCUCCUGCUUGCCGCGGCUUUCCUCGCCUCCUCCGCGGCCGAACAAACCCAGCCCAAGAAGGAAGAGACCAAGGCCGACGUACAGGGCUACGGCGGAGGCGGAGGCGGUUACCCCGGCGGAGGCGGUUACCCUGGCGGCGGCUACCCAGGUCACGGAGGCGGUGGCUACCCAGGCCAUGGAGGCGGCGGCGGCUGUCACUGGGGCUGCUGCGGUCACGGGUACCAUGGUGGCUGCCGCUGCUGUGCCCACGCCGACGAGGUCCCGGAGCCCAUGUACCGGGCGGAGGUCCGCAACUGA